CCUUACUCUAACAAAAAGACUAUUCAUUCGUACAACAUAAAGACUUCCACUUUUAUUACUCGAUUAAUCAAUCUCAACCCCUUGUUCCCUUCUCCCCCAACUUUUACAAUUUCAUCAACAACAACAAAAAAACCAACUCUUGUUUCUCUUCGUAUAUUUUUUCCUAUGGAAGGUUUCAUCAUCUCACCUUCUUCAUCCUCUUCUAUGAUAUCAUUUCCCCAUGAAAAAAACCCUUCACCGUCACCACCACCACCACAAAUACCAACCCUUGAACAAAAACUUCAAUUUUUACUCCAAGCCCAACCAAACCAUUGGGUCUACGCCAUAUUUUGGCAAACAACAAAAGACGAAAGAGAUAACAUCUUCUUAACAUGGGGUGAAGGUCAUUUCCAUGACACAAAAGAAACAACAACAACUUCUUCCGAAACAGUAAACGACAAUGACACGUGUACAAACGGCGAUGCUUUGUUGUUCUACAUUAUGUCGUUGAGUCGAACGUUUUCCGUUGGUAAUUCUUCUUCAAAUUCUUUACCCGGUAAAGCUUUUGCUUUAAAUUCAGUUCUUUGGUUGAAUAGCAAACACGAGCUUCAAUUUUAUAAUUGUGAUAGAUCCAAUGAAGCUCACGUGCAUGGAAUCGAAACCUUAAUUUGUAUUCCGACAACUAACGGAGUAAUCGAAAUGGGUUCUUACGAAAAUAUCCAACAAAAUUGGAACCUCGUACACCAAGCCAAAUCAAUGUUCCAAACAUCAUUGUCCGAAUCAAACUCAAAAUUAGAUCUAUUUUCCACCGACCCACUUGACAGAAUCAAAACUUUCGACCAAAACAUCUUGUUCACCGACGUGGGUAUCAUCUCCGGCACCGGCGAAGAAACCGAUGAGAUGCAAAAAAUGAUGAACAGAACAUGGCUACAAAAACCGAAAACCGUUUCAUCUUGUUAUGUAGAUUCUGAAUAUUCCGAUUCAGAAUAUUAUCCACAGUUAGAAACAAAAAAAAAUGAUUCUUUUGAGAAAAGAGAACCGAAGAAAAGAGGAAGAAAACCAUUACUGGGAAAUCCAACACCAAUGAGUCAUGUAGAAGCUGAGAGACAGAGGAGAGAAAAAAUAAACCAUAGAUUCUAUGCUUUAAGAGCUGUGGUUCCAAAUGUUUCAAGGAUGGAUAAAGCCUCUUUGUUAUCAGAUGCAGUUGAUUUCAUCAACGAGUUGAAAUCAAAGAUUGUAGAGUUGGAAUUAGAGCAACAAAAGGAGUUAAAAAAAUUGAAAAUUGAAAAUAUGGAUAAUCAAAGUACAGCGACGACUUCAACUGUGGUGGACCAAAAAAGAAUAAGUUGUAAUAAUAUUUCUUUGGAGAUUGAUGUGAAGAUUAUUGGAGGUGAUGCUAUGGUGAGAGUUCAAUGUGAGAAUGUUAAUCACCCUGGUGCUAGAUUAAUGAGUGUGUUGAAGGACUUGGAAUUUCAGGUACAUCAUGCUAGUAUUUCUUGUGUUAAUGAAAUUAUGGUUCAAGAUGUUGUUGUUCAAGUUCCUAUUAAUAUGAGAAAUGAAGAGAGACUAAGAUCUGCAAUUCUCAUGAGAUUGGAUCAAGAAUGAAAAACAAAACAACGACAAAAAAUUCAAAUUUUUAGAAGCUAUGAGUUUUAAUAAUUGUCACUCAAAACUCACUGUGUCAUCACAUCUAAACACCGCCUUAAGUUUAUAGUAUUGUUAAUAGUUUAUCUGAAAUAAAAUAUGAUUAAGAAUAUAUCUGAAAAAUUUAUAUUUUAGAUUACAGUUGUUAUGUGUAUGAUUAUUUUUAUAUUUUUAACUUUUGUUCAAUAUUUUAUUUUUAGUGUGGUUGGAUGACCUGAGGAGUUGGUUAAAUCUCCAAUCAUGUAAUUUUGUUAGUUAGUAUUGAUUAGAGGAAGCUUGUCUGUUUGCAAAUCUGUAUAUCGUUUUAUGUAUUGUUGAAGACCAAAAUAUUAAAGGUUCUGUCAAUAUUAUUAAUAUUUUUUAA